UCUAUUAUCUUUCAUAAUAUGGCCAAAGAAAGCUCCGCCCAUACUUCCGUCUACCACGGCGGCGAUCAGUCGUCGGAGGAGAGUGGUUGGACCAUCUACUUUGAAGAUUUCCUCAACAACCACCACCCUACUAAUCAACCACCCACCUCCUUCUCUUCUUAUCCUCUGUCUCCCGAUCAAAGCUACCCCGUUGCCGACGCUGCCUCCUCCGUCGUGGACCACAAACUACUCGGAAACCACGACGGAGCUGCCAUGGAUCCCGGGUUUAGCUGCAAGGAUCAUAUCAACUUGUUCAAGAAGAGGAAGAUGAUCUAUGAGUUGUUGGUUGACGAUGAAGCUUUGGAGGACACCGCUAGCUCUCCGGUUAAUAGUCCCAAGGUCUGUGAUUCGAACUACUUCAGUAAAAACCCGAGGCACAAAGGGAAGCUCAUAACUCCUCAGGUAGAUGAGAGAAGAGAAACAGAAUUGAAGAAAAGAGGGCUUUGCUUAGUACCUUUUUCUAUGAUAAUUAAUUAUAUGGAUCAAUAAUUCCUCUCUCUCUCUAUAUAUAUAUAUUCUCUCUCUUGUUUGUGUAAAUAUUCAUUUGAUGAAGGGGCUAUGUGUUUGUAUAAAAUGUGUAAUAUUAUUGCAAUCAAAUGAAGGCAUAGUCGACUUUCAGUGUUA